UCGCCUGGAGCUGGCAUGGCUGCAGAGCCACUGGGCUCCCUGAACCUGCUAUGUGCCUGGGACCCACUGUUGUGGGACCUCACUGACCCAGCGCUGAGGACAUACCUGGGGAGCAACCUCCGGGUCCUGUGGCUGAUGCUGAAACAAUGCUGCUUCUCCAGGGCCAUCUAUCAGAUGACGGAGGGCCGUCGAUGUCAAGUACAUCUUCUUGAUGACCGGAAGCUGGAACUCCUAGUACAGCCCAAGCUUUUGGCCAAGGAGCUGCUCGACCUUGUGGCAUCUCACUUCAACCUGAAGGAGAAAGAAUACUUUGGAAUCGCCUUCACGGAUGAGACGGGACACUUGAACUGGCUUCAGCUUGAUCGGAGAGUGUUGGAACAUGACUUCCCCAAAAAGUCUGGACCAGUGGUUUUAUACUUUUGUGUCAGGUUUUACAUAGAGAGCAUCUCCUACCUGAAGGAUAAUGCCACCAUUGAGCUCUUCUUUCUGAACGCCAAGUCUUGUAUCUAUAAGGAGCUGAUCGAUGUGGACAGUGAAGUGGUGUUCGAAUUAGCCUCCUACAUUCUACAGGAGGCAAAGGGGGACUUUUCUAGCAAUGAAGUGGUGAGGAGCGACUUGAAGAAACUGCCAGCCCUCCCCACACAGGCUCUGAAGGAGCACCCAUCUCUGGCCUACUGUGAAGAUAGAGUGAUUGAGCACUACAAGAAACUCAACGGCCAGACCCGAGGUCAAGCUAUUGUCAACUACAUGAGCAUUGUAGAAUCUCUCCCAACCUAUGGAGUUCACUAUUAUGCUGUGAAGGACAAACAGGGCAUCCCAUGGUGGCUGGGACUGAGCUACAAAGGAAUCUUCCAGUAUGACUACCACGACAAAGUGAAACCCAGGAAGAUAUUCCAAUGGAGACAGUUGGAGAACCUGUAUUUCCGGGAAAAGAAGUUUUCUGUGGAAGUUCAUGAUCCACGUAGGGCCUCAGUGACAAGGAGGACGUUUGGGCACAGCGGCAUUGCAGUGCACACAUGGUACGCGUGUCCAGCACUCAUCAAGUCCAUCUGGGCGAUGGCCAUCAGCCAGCACCAAUUCUACCUGGACAGGAAGCAGAGCAAGUCUAAAAUUCAUGCGGCACGGAGCCUGAGUGAGAUUGCCAUUGACCUGACAGAGACAGGGACACUGAAGACCUCCAAGCUGGCCAACAUGGGGAGCAAGGGGAAAAUCAUCAGCGGCAGCAGUGGGAGCCUCCUGUCCUCAGGCUCCCAGGAAUCGGACAGCUCCCAGUCAGCUAAGAAGGACAUGCUGGCCGCUCUGAAGUCCCGGCAAGAGGCGCUGGAGGAGACGCUGCGCCAGCGGCUGGAGGAGCUAAAGAAACUCUGCCUCCGAGAGGCGGAGCUGACGGGCAAGUUGCCAGUGGAGUACCCCCUGGACCCUGGGGAAGAGCCGCCCAUUGUUAGAAGGAGAAUCGGCACAGCCUUCAAGCUAGACGAACAGAAGAUCCUGCCCAAGGGAGAGGAGGCUGAGCUGGAGCGCCUAGAACGUGAGUUUGCCAUCCAGUCCCAGAUCACAGAGGCUGCCCGGCGCCUGGCCAGUGACCCCAAUGUCAGCAAGAAGCUCAAGAAGCAGAGGAAGACUUCCUACCUGAAUGCGCUCAAGAAGCUACAGGAGAUCGAGAAUGCCAUCAACGAGAACCGCAUCAAGUCUGGGAAGAAGCCCACGCAGAGGGCCUCACUCAUCAUCGACGAUGGAAACAUUGCCAGUGAAGACAGCUCCCUCUCAGAUGCCCUUGUUCUCGAGGACGAAGACUCUCAGGUCACCAGCACACUGUCCCCCUUACAGUCUCCGCACAAGGGACUCCCUCCCCGGCCACCCUCGCACCACAGGCCCCCUCCGCCCCAGUCCCUGGAGGGGCUCAGGCAGACACACUACCACCGCAGUGACUACGACAAGUCACCCAUAAAGCCCAAAAUGUGGAGCGAGUCCUCACUGGACGAGCCUUACGAGAAGGUGAAGAAGCGCUCCUCCCAUGGUCAUUCCAGUGGCCACAAGCGCUUCCCCAGCACGGGCAGCUGCGGGUCCCUGCAGAGCAGCCCUGUGCGCAGCCUCCCACACUGGAGCCCACAGUCCAGCAUGCCGUCCACGCCAGACUUGCGACUGCGGAGCCCCCACUACGUCCACUCCACCAGGUCGGUGGACAUAAGCCCCACACGCCUGCACAGCCUGGCCCUGCACUUCCGACACCGCAGCUCCAGCCUAGAGUCCCAGGGCAAGCUGCUGGGCUCGGAGAACGACACUGGCAGCCCCGACUUCUACACGCCCCGGACUCGUAGCAGCAACGGCUCGGACCCCAUGGACGACUGCUCUUCCUGCACCAGCCACUCGAGCUCCGAGCACUACUACCCGGCGCAGAUGAACGCGCACUACUCCACGCUGGCCGAGGACUCACCGUCCAAGGCGCGCGCGCGCCAGCGGCAGCGGGCACGCGCGGGCGCGCUGGGCGGUGCCAACUCGGGGAGCAUGCCCAACCUGGCGGCGCGCGGGGGCGCGCACGGCGUCUACCUGCACAGCCAGAGCCAGCCCAGCUCGCAGUACCGCAUCCGCGAGUACCCGCUGUACGUGGAGAGCGGUGCCACGCCCGUGGUGGUGCGCAGCCUGGAGAGCGACCAGGAGGGCCACUACAGCGUCAAGGCGCAGUUCAAGACGUCCACGUCCUACACGGCCGGCGGCCUGUUCCGCGAGGGCUGGCGUGGCGCUGCGGAGGACGACUCGGGCCGCCUGGGGCCGUCGCGCUCGCAGAUCCUGCGGACGCCGUCGCUGGGCCGUGAGGGCGACCGGGGCGCCCGGGCCGCGGUGUCGGACGAGCUGCGCCAGUGGUACCAGCGCUCCACAGCGGCGCAGCGCGAGCACGGCCGCCUGGCGCACACGGCCUCCGACGGCGCCCAGAGCGCCUUCGUGGCGCACAGCAGGGUCACCAGGAUGCCCCAGAUGUGCAAGGCCACGUCAGCUGCCUUACCUCAAAGCCAGAGAAGCUCAACACCGUCCAGCGAAAUUGGAACGACACCCCCCAGCAGUCCCCACCACAUCCUGACAUGGCAGACUGGAGAAGCAACAGAAAACUCACCCAUCAUGGAUGGGUCUGAGUCUCCAACUCACCAAAGUACUGAUGAAUAGAGGUACUGUAAGGGAUGCUUUCUUCUUACGGCCCUCCCCCUGCUUGUGAAUUUGUGCUGCAUGCUUGCCAUAUCACUAUUCCCAGAAGGAAACAUCUGGAUGCUGUGGAAGGCACUAUUUUUACUUCUACAUGCAGUUGAAAGUGUGUGUUCAGAUGCUUAUGAACAUUUUUGCCAGUUUACUAAUCAGUAUUCGUGAGGGGGAAAGUACAUGCAAUUUACAUUGAAAUGCCAAGGGCAAACUAGACUGACCCAAAGAUUUCACCUCCAGCCUCUCUUAAAGUGACUAGAAAGCUAGACUUCUAGAACUCAAACCUACAUUUUAACAAGAUCCCUAAGAGAAUCAAAGGCACUCUGGAAGUUGCAGUGUACUGCUGUAAAUGGCAAUAGACAGUAACUCUUGGCUUGACUAAAGAGGUAAAUAAACUAUUCAGAUAAGAUCGGGCAUGUUCAGGGUGGUAUGGCCGUAGACAAACUAUUCAAAAGUAGAUAAAAAUGUUAUCAAUGUAGUUAAUCUUAAAAAAAAAGGUCUGAAUGACCAGAUGUCAAAUCAAUCGGAGUCUAUCAAGAGACAUGCCGGAGCAAAAGCAACAGCAUGAGGUAGUGAGUGUUCUAAGGUAAAAGGGGCGUUAGACACCAUGGACCCAGAUAGGCCAUCCCCAGGGUAAAAGUGCAGAUGAGGGAUUCAGUGCUUUAGAGAUAAUGUAUCUCAGCCCUCUGAUGUCAGAAUUUAGAGUAGAAUCGCGCCAUGAGAGUAUCAACUUUAAGAUUUAAAACAAUUAUUCUAGCUCUGCUGAAAAUGACUAUCACAACAGUGAGUUUUCUUGGCAUGUAUAAGAAUUAUAGCAACUCCCUAAUAUGCAAAAUAUCAACGAUGCAACACUGUACCAUAUAGCUAUAAAAUGGCAAGAUUGUCUUUUUUUUCAGAGCGGAAUCUAUUGUAUAUGCACACCAUAUCUUUAUCCACUGGACCUUGCAGCUACUAUGAAUAAUGGGGGUGCUGGUAUGUUUUCAAGUUAGCACUUUCAUUGGAAACAUACCUAAAAGUGAAAUUGAUGGCUCAUUGUAAAGGGAGGGAGACACCUGUAGUACUGCCUAACCCUGGUCCUUGUACAUGGCGACACGUGAGCUCUACCUGGUGCAGUUGACAUCUCCACCAAAGGGGCGUGAGGAUUCCCUUUUCUCUGCAUCCACAAGCAUUCUUGUUACUGCUUGUGCUACUAGCUGUUCUGACAUGUGACUGUUCCAGGUUCUUUGUAUUUCUUCUACGGUAACAAGUAUAAAUUUUUCCUAUUGCAGGUCUGGUUUCAUCUUUUUUGGAAAAUCUAAAGGCUUUCCAUUUUAUCUAUAUAAAACCAGCUCUUGCUUAUAGUCAUUUUCCAUCUU